AUGUCCCUCCUCGUCCUCUCGGCCGGCGACGUCGCUACCGUCACCGCCUCGGUCCCUGCCGACUCGUUCUGCACCAUGCUCGGUAAGACAAUGGCCGCCAUCUCCAAUCCGGCCGUCGACCCGCUCGCCAUCCAGAACCCUCAACGCGUCGCGACCGAGUCUGCGCUGCACAAGACCCUGUACAUGCCGUCGAGGCUUACCACGUCCGAGGGUCCUGCAACCGCCGUCAAGGUCGUGAGCGUGCCCAAACCGACGUGUAGCAUACCGGGACUGCCCGCCACCACGCUCCUGUUCGACGAGGCGAGCGGGCUCACCCGAGCCUGCGUCAACGCCGCCGAUUUGACAGGCAUCCGGACAGCUGCCGCCUCUGCACUCGCGACAAAGCUCCUGGCCGACCCGUCGUCCACCUCGCUCGUCGUCUUCGGCUCCGGGACUCAGGCCUACUACCACGCUCGCCUCAUCCUUCAGCUGUUUCCCUCGAUCUCCUCGGUCACUUUCGUCGUCCGCUCGAUCUCGCCUCGAGCGCAAGCGCUCCUCGACCGCAUGCAAGCCGAGUUCAGCAAGAUUGUCGCACACGCCGUGACGAGCGACCGGGCCGACGACGUCGUCGAGGGCGCCGACAUCAUCUGCACCUGCGUCCCCUCGACCGAGCCUCUCUUCUCGCUCGAGGCGCUCAAGCCGGGCGUGCACAUCAACGCGAUCGGCUCCUACACGCCCUUGAUGCGCGAGUUCCCUCCUUCCCUCAUCGCGCCCUCGCCCGCCUCGCCGUCCGCGCCGCACAUCCCGACCCUCCUCGUCGACUCGGCGCCGGCCUGCCUCGCCGAGGCGGGCGAGCUCAUCGCGGCGCACGUCACGGUGGCACAGCUCGUCGAGGUCGGCGCGCUGCUCGACCCGGCGAGUGGCGGCCUGCGCGACGACGACGAGACGAGGGAGCGGGUCGAGCAGUUGAGGAGCAGCGGGAGGAGCUUGUUCAAGUGUGUCGGGGUCGGCGGGAUGGACGUCGCCAUCACGAGGCUCGUCGUUGACGAGGCUGAGCGGCGAGGACUCGGGACGCGGGUGCCUUUCUAGACUCGCUCUCGCUCGCACGCUCGCACUUGAGGGCACUGAAACUGAGCGUCCAUGUUUCGCCGCC